UUUCAAUCGCAACGCUUGCAAUUCCUUCUCUCUCUCGCUCUAUUGUCCCUCUUCCCUUCGACAUUUGCUGUUUAUUCAAUUAUUAUUUCCAUUUUUGGUAAGCUCCCCGUUCCCGUCCAUUGACUGAUAGAACCAUAUUCUUCUUUUUAUUAUUGCCGUAGGAGGAAAUCUUUAGCAGAAUGGACCACAUUUCCGUUCUAUCUGGACACAGCUGCAACAAUCGGGAGAUUUUUCCAGUGUUGAAGUUGUAGAGGUCCUCAUUGGAUGUGAAAGAGCAAGGAAACGGAUGUAACCAAAUCCCAAUUAAAAGUUCAGCUUUUCAACAGAUUCAGAGUUCUUGCUUGGGCAAAACUAGGUUUUACUGGCAAAUGGAUGGAGAAACUGCUAGUGAAGGUAGUGAUGGGUUUGACUGGGAGAGUGAAGAUGAACGUGAAUCUAACUUGCCGUUCUCAUCUUGUUUGCCACCUACUGUUGCUGGUCAAGAAGAGUUUGCAGCUCUUGGGAAGGCAAGUUCAUCAGCUGGUCCUCCAGAGUCCAGUUUAUUUCAGCAUUUUGUAAGAAUGGGCUUCUCUGAAAAGCUAGUAGGAAAGGCACUUGAAGAAAAUGGAGAAGGCAAUGCAGAAGCAAUACUGGAGUUGCUCCUCACAUUCUCAGUUCUUGAAAAUUCUCCUAGAGAAUCUGAACAUGUUCACUCCAACCCCUCUUCAGAAAAUGAAGGGGAUCUUAUAGAUGAGCUCUCAGACGUGGAUGACGAUCUUCAAAAUGAGGAAAGCAUGGACCCAUUAUCUGACAAGGAGAAGAAAUUAUUGCUUUUGGUUGAUAUGGGCUACCCUAUAGAUGUGGCAUCAACAGCUAUCGAUAGAUGUGGUCCAGGCUCCUCGAUUAUGGAGCUGACUGAUUUUAUAACAGCUGCUGAGAUGGCAAAAGCAGUUGAUGAUGCUUAUGUAGAUGAGGUACCUGCUGAAGAUCUGGUACAAUCAGAAGAUCUUUUCAGGGUAUCAUCUUUUAAAUUUUCUCAGGUAGGACCAAGCCAUUUCCACAAAUCUCCUAAAGGGAAGAGGAGGGAGUACUUUGAAGAUGAGAGGUGGGAAAGGAAAAGGCAUAAGGCCUGUGAGAAGAAGAUCAUGGAUGAAGAUGAUGAGGAUACAAUUCGUCUCCCAAACCCAAUGAUUGGAUUUGGGGUCCCAGGUGAACCAUUGGCCAUGAGCCACAGAACACUUCCAGAGGCAGCUAUUGGACCUCCCUAUUUUUAUUAUGAGAAUGUGGCACUUGCUCCCAAAGGAGUCUGGCAGACAAUUUCACGAUUCCUGUAUGACAUAGAGCCAGAGUUUGUUGAUUCAAAGCAUUUCUGUGCAGCUGCUAGAAAAAGAGGUUAUGUUCACAAUCUCCCAAUCCACAACAGGUAUCCUCUUCUACCAAUUCCACCACUUACCAUUCAUGAAGCACUGCCACUGACCAAGAAAUGGUGGCCCUCGUGGGAUUGGAGAACUAAGCUAAAUUGCUUACAGACGGUAACUGCUAGUGCGAGACUGACAGAGAGGAUACGCAAAGCCCUUGAUGGCUGGGAUGGUGAGCCACCUUUGAAAGUUCAAAAGUAUGUGCUUGAUGAAUGUCGAAGGUGGAAUCUGGUUUGGGUUGGGAGGAACAAGGUUGCACCCCUUGAGCCUGAUGAGAUGGAGAUGUUGUUAGGAUUUCCAAAGAACCACACAAGGGGUGGUGGAAUCAGUCGGACAGAGAGAAUCAAAGCACUGGGUAACUCAUUUCAGGUUGACACAGUGGCCUAUCAUCUGUCUGUGUUGAAGAACAUGUUCCCAAAUGGCAUCUCCGUCUUAUCUCUCUUUUCAGGGAUCGGUGGUGCUGAAGUUGCUCUGCAUCGGCUGGGGGUCCAUUUGAAGAAUGUAGUCUCAGUUGAAAUUUCAGAAACAAACAGAAACAUUUUCCGUAGUUGGUGGGAACAAACCAACCAAACGGGAAAUCUGAUCGAUAUUGCAGAUGUGCAACAACUGAAUGGGGAUAGACUGGAAAAAUUGAUAAGCUCAUUCGGUGGUUUUGAUCUUAUUGUCGGUGGGAGCCCUUGUAAUAACCUUGCGGGUGGGAAUCGGGUAAGUAGAGAUGGGCUCGAGGGUAAACAUUCUGCUCUAUUUUAUGAUUAUUUUCGCAUUCUGGAUCUGGUUAAGUGUAUAAUGGGAAGAGAUUAAUGGAUUUCAAGGGCUUUAUUUAUUGUGAUGCAAAUGUAAGUGGAUGAUGCUACCUUUUAAUCCCUAUACUCCUAAGUAGACUUAAUUCAUGAAAAAUGCUAACUGAUAACAAAUCAUUCUUACA